AUGUUGACAAUAACAACAAGAAGAGCAUUAUUAUCUGUUAGACAUAUUUAUAACAACAUUAGAGCAUAUAGCAAUAGUAGUAACAUUAGUAAUAAUAAUAAUAAUAAGAUGCCAGGAAAUGUACCAAUAACAAAGAAGAUUGAUACUCUUCGACAGUUGAUGAACAAGCAUUCAUACACUUGUUAUGUGGUGCCAAGUGAUGAUGCUCAUCAGAGUGAAUAUGUAACUGAGCAUGAUCAGCGUAGAGCAUACAUUAGUAACUUCACAGGUAGUGCUGGCACUGCUGUAAUCACCACCGAACAAUGCUAUCUAUGGACCGACGGUAGAUAUUGGCUUCAAGCAUCACAACAGCUUGACCCAUCAUGGAAGGUCAUGAAGGAUCGUGUCGAAGGUGAGCCAUCAAUCGAGGAGUUUAUAUCAAAGUCAAUGCCUGCAACAACUAUUGUUGGAAUGGAUAGCAGAUUGAUUUCAAAGGGUGCCUUUGAGAAGUUUAAGAAGACAUUGGCAAAGGGACAGGAGGUUGUUACAUCGGAGAACAACUUGAUUGAUCAGGUCAAGGAGGAGUUGAAGUCUUUGGAGCCAAUGACCACUCAGCCAACUGAUCCAAUCUUCUUCCUGCCCGAGACAUACUCUGGCAAGAGCAACACCGACAAGAUCAAAGAUGUCCAAGAUCGCAUGGCCAAAGAGAAUGUUGACUACGUCGUCAUCACUGCACUCGAUGAGAUUGCUAUGGAGGAGGAGAUGAACGUCAAGAACAACACUCAGCUGACCGAGUUCUCGGUGUCUGAAGUGCUCGAACAGUAUCGCACCAAGCAGAAGGACUUUGUCAGUCUGUCAUUCGCAUCGAUCUCCUCGAUCGGCUCCAACGGCGCAAUCAUCCAUUAUAAGCCCGAGGAGGACACCUGCAAGAAGAUCACCAAGGAGGUGUACCUGAUCGACUCGGGCGGCCAGUACAAGGACGGCACCACCGACGUCACGAGAACCACUCACUACGGCACACCAUCCCAACACGAGAUCGACUGCUACACACGCGUACUCAAGGGACACAUCCAGCUGUCGAUCAUCAAGUUCCCAGCAAAGGUCACUGGCAAGGACAUUGAUUGUGUGGCUCGCAUUGCUUUGUGGCAGGCUGGAUUGGACUAUGCACACGGCACCGGCCAUGGAGUUGGAUCAUUCCUGAACGUGCACGAGGGUCCACAAGGUAUCUCGAUGCGUCCAAACUCGACCAUUCUCCAUGCCAACAUGACCAUCACCAAUGAGCCAGGUUACUACGAGGAGGGCAACUUUGGAAUCAGGAUUGAGAACAUCAUGCUCACGGUCCCCGUCGAGACACAGUUCAACAACAGCAAGUUCUUGGGAUUCGAGUCGAUCACAAUGGUGCCCUACGAGCGCGACCUCAUCAACGUGUCGAUGUUGACCAACGAUGAGUUGGCAUUCGUCAAUCACUACCACGAACAAGUACAGUCCAAGCUUGCGCCACACCUAUCAAACGAUCAACGUGCACUGGCCUACCUCCAGAAGAAGACAGCCAAGAUUACUAGACAA